AUGGAAUCAAUUGCUGUUCCAGGCCAAUUUCUUGGUAAUACGAGUGCCUUUCAAGGAGGACCCGGGACACACAUCUGCGGUUCAAAACUGUACGCCUCGAUUCUAGGACCCAUAUCAAGGACAUCUCCUUUAUCAUCCGGUCCUACGAAACGUCUAACAAAAAUCACGUCUUCAUCAUCCGCCGUCCUGCCCAUACUUUCAAUCGAUCGAUGUAUUUCCUCUGGGAAUACCUCUAAUGUCAAUAAGACCGCGAAAACUAACGACAAGGUACUACCAAAUGUGGGAAAUACCGUAUUAUGUCGAGUCACACGCAUAACUCCAAAGCAAGCAACUGUCGGGAUAUUAGUUGUUGGUGAGACGGUCAUGCACGGCGAGUGGCAGGGUUUGAUCCGAGUGCAAGACGUGCGGGCAACAGAAAAAGAUAAGGUCAGAAUAGUUGAGAGCUUCCGACCAGGUGAUAUUGUGAGAGCAGUCGUGAUUUCGCUCGGUGAUCAAUCAAAUUACUACCUCUCUACGGCCAGCAAUAAUCUGGGAGUUAUCAUGGCCAAAAGUGAAGCUGGAAACGCCAUGUAUCCAGUAAGCUGGAAAGAGUAUCGAGAUCCGGAAACUAAUUUGAGCGAGAGUCGGAAAGUAGCGAAGCCUCUAUGA